GUUUGAGUAGUCUGAGCUGUUAAGACGGGAGCAGAGGCACAUCAAUAGUUUGUUAUGAAAGCUGUGUACUUGUUUACUAUAUCCCAAACAGAAGGUAGUAACGAAACAUGGACGAUUACAAGUAUUUCAUUACCAUUUGGAUAGUGACUUCAACUGUUAUAACAGGUAUUGCAGGUGGCAGUUCGUGUAGCAGUUCUCUGUCUACAGAUAAUAAUGCCUUCGAUCUUGGAACAAAUGUUACCUUGACGUGUAAAGUGUGCCCUGGUUCUUUGGAAAUCACAUUUAAACACAACGGUAGUCAUAUAGCAGAUCAUUCAUUGGAUACCCAAAUAACGAAUACUACACUACAUGGCGCUGUUGUAAAUGUUCUGGACGGUGGAUCAAAGGAGAUGAAACUGACAAUAUUUAACUUCAUGCAAUCUUCAAAUGGUGUUUAUUCCUGUUCUACAAGCCCAACGGAUGUUGCAUCGCUUAAUUUAACAUACACAGCCUCAACAUCCACCCAAAGUACUAUUGCCACAACCUCAACAUCCACCCAAAGUACAACUACCAAAAGUAAACAACCCACAUUUAUAUUUACUACUGACAACACAGGAACUAACUUACUCUGGAUAUGUGCACCAAUAGCAUUGUUUUUAAUAGUAGUCAUGCUAGUAACAAUCAUUAUACGUAUGAUAAUAAAACGCAUGAUGAAAAACUAAUUUAAUUACUGUUAAAGGAACUGAUGUAUUUUGUAAAAAUGUUUUGGAAAGCACAAACAAUUGAUUAUGUUUUUCUUUGACUUUUACACACCAAUAGUGAUGUUAUCUUUAUUCCAUUUAAUUUACACUUUCAUCCGCGAUUCAACGAUUUAUCAAACAUGAGAUUUAUUGUGAAUGUAAAAAGCAAUAUAUAGAUAACAUCUUAAUGUUAAAUAUAAGGCACGAUUUAUUACGACUUAAUCAAAAUUGAAUAGUGUUAUGCAAAUAUCUUUCAUAAACACAAUUUGAGUAUUUUACUUGUAAAAUUGAAUGCGCUAUUAAUAACCAGACCACAUACUUACAAUUUUAUUGUCCGAACACAUCCUUGUUCAGCUGAUACUGUUCAUUUGAUAAUGACAAUAUUUAAAUAAAAAAUUGUAUUCAUUUAUAUUUAUGUCUUUGUU